AUGGAUCAACACGACGCACACUGCGAACUCAGGCGCCAGAUUUCAGCACCUCUCAAGUCGGGGGAAUUCUCCGACCUCACGUUCCUAUGCGAAGGUCAACGAAUUCCUGCACACAGGAUUAUAGUGUGUCCGCAGUCUCCAGUUAUCCAGGCCGCAUGUACUGGUUCUUAUAAAGAGCAGGAAACGGGCGUGUACGAGAUCAAAGACGUUUCAUUCGACGUUGUCCGACAAAUGGUAGAGUACUUGUACACAGGUCGAUACCAAGUGCCCUCGUCUCAAGACUCCGAUGACAAGAAGCAAAAUGCCGUUUUGCCUCUGGUAUUUCAUGCAAGAAUGGUUGAUGUCGCAGAUACAUACAUCAUCAAGGGCCUGAAAUCGUUAUCCAUGGCCAACUUUAAGAAAUCUGCCCGGCGGGACCCGGAUGACUGCGCGUUCUUGCGAUCCAUAGUCGACAUCUACUCUUUGCAAUGCGAGUCCAGCCAAGUACUUCGAGAUAUAGUGGUUGAAUCUGUAAGAGAGCGACUCGCCCGAUGCUUGGAUUUUAGUAAGGAUGGACUGUUGUAUGAAAUAACGAAGCAGGUUCCAAGUUUCUGUCAUGAUCUUAUCGGCUCACUCUUCAGUAAGCCCAUGUUGGGUUAUUGUACUCGAUGUGGACCAGAAAAGCUGGUCGAAGUGGUUCCUCUGCAUUGUGGAUGCAAAAAUUGUGAAGGAUUUGCAUCAACGUUGGCAGAGCAGCGUUCCCUCUGA